AUGGAAGAGAACUGGGAGUUAGAAUUGAUUACCUUGGAGACACCAUCACCCUCACCCUCGCCACCCUUGCGGGCACGGCAGUGUACUCAGUGCAUAGGAGGUUUACCCGUGUAUGCCAGCGGCACCAUAGAGAACCCAUGGCACUUCCUUGACUUCAUCUUUUACAACUCUUCCUCUGGUAAGAAGUUUAAGAAACAGUGUGACUUUGUACAUCGCUGGGCGGAGGACAUCAUCGAGAAGAGGCGACAGACCUUGGCGAGAGAUGGACCACCAAAGACCCGCUACCUCGACUUCCUGGACGUCCUGCUCAGUGCCAGAGAUGCUGAUGGCAAGGGUCUCACCCCGCUAGAGAUCAGGAAUGAAGUCGAUACGUUUCUAUUUGCAGGUCACAACACCACGGCCAGUGGAAUAUCAUGGACGCUGUUCACCAUGGCCUCCAAACCCGAGUUCCAGACCAGGAUCCAGGAGGAACUGGACACACUGCUGGACGGAAAAGAGUCCAAGUACAUCACCUGGAAUGACAUCCCAAAACUGGAGUAUCUGACACGAUGUCUAAAGGAAGGAAUGAGAUACCACUCGCCUGUUCCCUUCGUCAGUCGGAAACUGGAACAUCCUAUGGAUAUCGACGGGAAGGUCUUCCCAGUAGGUACACUCAUUUUACUGGGGAUAUGGAAUGUCCAUCACAACCCGGAAGUGUGGGAGGACCCGGAUGUGUAUGACCCUGAUCGGUUCCUACCCGAGAACAUCCAGAAGAAGGACAGCUACGCAUACAUCCCCUUCUCCGCUGGCCCGAGAAAUUGUAUCGGAAAACAUUUUGCCAUGAACGAGGAAAAGAUCAUGCUUGCAAGAAUACUUCACAGAUGUGUGCGUCUGACGAUAUGCGACAAUAUCACCUGA